GCAAAGGCGCCGGGCGAGGCCGCGGGCGGGGGAUGAGCCAGGCCGCUCUCCGCGCCCACACUCGCUCCGGCCGGCGGGGCGGCGGCGCGGCCGCGGCCAUGAGGGUGAAGAAGGGCGGCGGGGCGGCGGCGGCCGCGGGCCCCGAGGACGAGCUGCUGCGGAAGCCGCUCAUCGGCCCCGAGGACGUGCUGGGGCUGCAGAAAAUCACGGGCGAUUAUUUGUGCACUCCUGAGGAAAAUGUGUACAAGAUAGAUUUCACCAGGUUUAAAAUCCGAGACAUGGAGUCUGGCACGGUACUGUUUGAAAUCACCAAGCCACCUGCCUCAGAACGUGAACAUGGCGAUAAAAAGGAUGUUGACCCUAAUGCCGGACGGUUUGUUCGCUAUCAGUUCACCCCAGCUUUCCUUAGACUUCGGCAGGUUGGAGCCACGGUAGAGUUCACAGUAGGGGACAAGCCUAUUAAUAACUUCCGCAUGAUUGAGAGGCACUAUUUCCGGGAUCAGCUGCUCAAGAGCUUUGAUUUUGAAUUUGGGUUCUGCAUCCCCAGCAGUAAAAACACUUGUGAACACAUCUAUGAAUUCCCACAGCUCUCGGAGGAUCUCAUUCGAGAGAUGAUCCUUCACCCCUAUGAGACGCAGUCGGACAGUUUCUACUUUGUAGACAACAAGCUGGUGAUGCACAACAAGGCAGAUUAUUCGUACAGUGGAGGACCAUGAGUACUGAGUGGACAGCAGAGCCAUGCUGGCCUUUCCUUUCCUGUAGAAAUUGUCAGGGAUUCUACCACCUUCCUGCAGUUGACUUCCAAGGUCAGCUGAGCACAGUUCCAUGAACCAAGGACUCUUUGCUUGUAGGAGUUGUUGAAGUCUUUCAUCUUCCCUGAGCUUUGAAGCAGAACCCUAUCCUUCAAGAACUCUAAACACAGUUCCGCUCCAGUGAGUGAUCUUUGGUCACCAGAGUCGGAGACUCUUUAAAUAGCUCUGUGUAAAAAUGUCCUGAUAUAUCAUCCAGUUAGAAUAAAUCCAGGAAUUCUGGGCCCAAAUUCUCCAGAUCCAUGUUUUCAUUAUUAAGCCUCUUUGCACAAUUGCUAUCUCUUAGGAUGUGGGCUGGAAGAGCCUGUGAACAAGCAGAAGUCUAAUGCAAAUACAGAGAUGCAUAUAUUUAUCUGAUUCUGUUUAUGAAUGCUUCAAAGGGCACAGUUUUAAUCCUAAUUUCAUUUGUACAUCCAUCCACAUAAAAAUGUCUUGUGGCACCUUAGAGACUAACAAAUUUAUUUGAGCAUAAGCUUUCGUGAGUUACAGCUCACUUCAUCGGAUGCUCACGAAAGCUUAUGCACAUGAAAGCUUAUGCUCAAAUAAAUUUGUUAGUCUCUAAGGUGCCACAAGUCCUCCUUUUUCUUUUUUCCUGGAAACAAUGAAACUCGCACUGAAGGACAGUAAUUCAAUGACAGGUCUGUCUUAAACUGCCCCCUUUUUUUUUUUUUUUUUUUUUUUUGCAUCUGUUAGAAACCUAUUAUUGAGGGUCUGCAAGUCCCCACAAGCGUUGUCCUCUUUCAUUUCAGCUUCUGUGUUCUUUGCUGAAUCUUCUAGUCAAGAAGUAGUUAUGUUUUUAGUUUAGCUUGGCAUUAUCAGGCAGUUAAUUUUCAGCCUAUACCUGGCGUAAGCUUUUCUUCCCUGAAUCUGAUUUCUUCUUUAGCUACCUGUAGAGACAAGAUGCUUCAGUAGAGUUGCCAGAGGAAAGUAAUUUCAUUUGUCGUGAAAAGAUGGUGGUUAGAGCGAAUGGACUUUCUGGUUUUUCUUUUGUGUCUGAAUUUGAAGCAUUUUAUGGUCAAGUGUGUUUGUUUUUUGUCCAAAAAUUUUUGGGUCAGCUAUUUCUCAGAGACUGUAAAUUUGACACUAUGCAUCUACAGUCAGUGUACAACACAGGUUAUCCAAAAUGAUGGUGCCACUUCCAGUCCCACGUAAGGAGUUUAAGAACUGUUUUGCACAAGUUUCUCAUAGUAUGCUGCUCUUUGGAGCAGGGAAGUGGAGGGGAGAGGCAAAAGCAAGCUAAUGAAUCAGAGAGAAUCUGCUGUACUGUACAUUAGAAUAGAUAAAAAUCAAUUAAAAGGUCGAAAAUGAACAGAAGCAAAGGAUGAAAGCUUUCUUCCUUUUGUUUGCAGGCGACUUAUGGUCAUGAAACCCUCACUCAAAAAAUUUGGUUAAAAAUUAAGCUUUGCAGUUUAUAGCCAUUUCUGUGAAUACAUUGUCUUCAUGUCUAAUUCUGUGAGUUAAGUGGAACAUUAUACAUUAGCCUCAGACAGGUGCGAUUAUAAUAAUUUUUUUAAAAUUCCAUUUCCAGUUGUUAUUAACACCUUUCCUCCAGUCACAGCCUAGUCAACCAAGAAAAUUGCAAACUCUUCCAUCCAUCAUCUGAAAAGGGAGGCCUUGUCUGUGAAAGCUGCCAUCAGUGGGAUUGUGAUAAUACUAAGGGUCACUGUUUGCUCUUGGUUGGCUUGUUUUUUACGUUUGACAGUUGAUUGUUUUCUGAGGCAACUGCAGCAAGUUGGGACACAACACGGAUUAUUCUUAGUUUAAAAAAUUAACUGUAGCCAAAGUGUGUACACAUAGUUCACUGCUAUAACAAAACAGCAAAUAUUACCCAGAUGAGACCUGUCAUCAGGACUGCUUCUUUGUAUCGUAUAUCUAACUGCAAAAUCAGCCCAGGGCUGACUUGUCCAUUUUAAGAUGGUUACAAGGAAUUUUCCCAGUUAUUUUUAUAUUAGUCUGAUCAGCCAUGUAUUUUAGCAUAGUGAAUCAUCAGAAAAUGAAAAAGUUUACAAAAAACGUUGGACAAGUUAAAAUUGUUUUUUGUAUUUUUGUGCAUCAGGGCUGGAAAACUGUCUUGCAAAUCAAAAGACUUUCCAUACUCAUGGAAAUAUUGAACAGCUUUUGAAAUAGUCGAUAUGUAUUAAUAUAUUAAAAAAUAUACUGUUAUUUUGACAGUAGAGUGUUUUUAGCCAUUACUCCAUAUACUUUCCCUGUACUAAUAUCUUCCAUCACUCAUUCAUUGUCCAUAUUAACCUCUUUUGUGCUUAAUAAUUAUAACAGCUACAUACAGCAAGUGUGCCUGUCCAGCAUUGGCAGACAUACAUGUUCCAGGAGCAGAGAGUUAAAAUGUCAUCAUCUUAUAACGUCUCAGUCCACUGCUAUGAAAGUGGUGUCAGUUCCAUGUCACCUUUUAGCUUAUCUUUUCAUAUAUUGGGUUGUCAUCUCAAGGAUCGUCUUGGUAUGUGAUAUUGUAACAAGCCAUUUGGGAAACACUCAAAUUCGUUAGUCCCCAGCUCUUUUUCACACUCUUUUUGCUACCUCUUGUUGCUCUUUUUAAAGAUUCCCUUGAAGUGUUAGUUGAUGAUAGAAUUAAAAAUGUGUUAUCUUUUGAAAUGGGAAGUGACUAAACAAAAUAUGCUGUGGGGUUGCCUGCUUUUAUCAAAUUAUAGGAACAAGAAGCUAGAGAAAAGGUACUUCGUUCCCAGAAGUGCAGUAAGUUACAGAAUGAACUUCUUGGUACACUGCAUUUUAUUGCAAGUGGGAGGCUAAGUGUAAAGAAAAAUGAAAUAUUCACGACCAGAUUCUGGGACUAGUUUGGCAAACUGAUCAUGACCCAUAUUCAAGGGGGUUAUAUUUUCAGGCUAGAAAAAAAUCCAAUCAUGAUUUAUGUAGAAAUGUUUAACAGCUAGUUAGUUUGCCCAGUCCUAUAAAUAAAAAUGCUGAUAUCCUUUAAAAUAGAGGAGAAAAAUUUUCAGCCAUUUAAUGGAGUAAAUUACUUGACCAUCUUUUGGCUUUGGGUUUUCAAUGGCUGCUUUAUAAGUUAUUCUUUUCAAAAAAUCAAAUGUGGAAAAAAAAAAACAGCCUCAGAUACAGUUAUGAAUUCUUUAGAUCAGUAUGAAGCUUUCUCUAGAAGUGUUAUGAAGACAGAAUUUUACAGUCCACUGUAACUGUCAUUCUGUAGUUGCAAACGGUUUUUCACAUAGAGAGCUGUAUGCUGUCGUAAACUGUUUCCAACUAUUAAAUAAUCUAAGAUUAAUACAAAAAGAAAAAGAGAGGCCUUGGAUAAUGGACAGGUUCCAUUUCUACUCUGGCUGCUCAUGCAGAAAUAUGCUGUGUAAUAUUGAUGCAACAUCCAUUGAAUCAUACUGCACAUGAUAUCUGAAAUAUACAUGAAAAAUCUAAUAGGAGCUUUUCCAAUAUAUUAAUAGUUUUAGUGCAAUUUUAGUGAGGAAAUUAUUAUUUUUUCCUUCUUCUGGGGUUUAUUUUGUAACAAACUUCUAAUGUUUCCUCUGAUCUUAAAAUGGGUCACUUUUUUUCAUAUGAAGGAGCAGAGUUACAUAUGAAAGAAACUGUCUAUAAGAGAUCAUUUUAAAACCAAAUGCUUAUAAGAUGCUGAGUGCCUUCAACUACCAUUGGUUUGAAUGGGAAUUAAAAGCACUUGGCACCCUUCUAAAAUCAGGCCCAUGACUUCUUUUAAAAAUUGAUACCUUAUUUUUGGCAAAAGGUAGAAUUGAAAUUAAAACAUUUUUCAUUCAUUGUUUCCAGAAGGCUCUUAAUUACUCUCCCUGUAGCCGUUACUCUUUAUUGAAUAUUAAUCCAUGCUGGUUUUACCUUUGUGUCCAGGCUCUGAAAUCCUAGCUUUCCAGAGGGGUAUUGCAUUCACUUUACACCUAGCAGGUCAAGCCAAGACAGUACACCUUAAAAUUGGGGUGUUCUAAUUACCCUCUUGCACCCUCUUCCCCAGCUCCACGUAUGAUUUUAAUAGCCACUGUAUCGAGAAUUCCAUGUAUUACAGUACCAUUUGAGAGUCUGGGACCCUAGUUUGCAAUGAUGUAAAGGCUUAUCUCUAACGUUAUUGAUUUGUAAGCCACUGGCUAUUAAAUGUUGGAACUGAAGUGAGAUAAAAGAGCAAGAGGGUAAUCAAGAUGAUCAGCUUUUAGAGAUUAGAUGUUCCUUCUUAUUAUUAAUAUAUUGAUCAUGUCUUUUCUUAUUUGUUAAAUUAACUUUGUAAAACCCUUAGUACUCUCUGGGAACACGUUAAUAUUUUCUUGCACUAUGAUUCACUUAAGUGAAGUUUGAUGCUGUAGGAGUUCCUGCUGUUGCUAACGUUCAUAGACUUUAAGGCCAGAAGGGACCCUCAUAAUCAUCUAGUCAGACCUGCACUGACAUAACUCUUCUUGAAAUAAGGAAAUAAAUUAUGUCUCAAUUCACUUAUUCUAAGUGGACAAAGUAUUGGACUUUCUCUUUUCUAGAUCUUUAUAAUUUAAGUUCCUUGAAAAUAUAGGAAGGUUUUCAAAUAGCAAAAAUAACAUAAAUUAACACGUAUACUAUAUGGUCCAAUAUUUCACAGAUUACUAGACUAGAAACAUAUUGUUGGAACAGGACAAAUGCUUUCAAGACCAAUACAUUUUUACUUGCUCUGGCCUUGGACCAAUGAUGAUAAAGAGAAAAGAUUCCUGCAGAUAGUUUGUCCUUUAUGCUGUGAGAUGGUUUGUGCAUUAAUUGACUAUUCCAUCAUCAUUGACUGGGGAGGAUUUUUGAGCCUGAUUAAAUGUAGGCAGUCUCUUCAUUUCAAGAUUAAAACCAAGAUGUUAUGUUAAUGUUCUUGCUCACAAUCUCUUUUGUAAUAAAAAGGCUUGUUGUAUGAGCAGAUCAGUAAGAUGGAACUGCUUGGCUUGUCUGUCAGCCAUUGGGUCACACUGAAAAUGCUCGUACAGGGUAGCAAAAGUUUAACCUGCAGCUGCACAUAUCUUUAAUAUAGAGAUACAGGCUAAAAGUCCCAAUAUGCAAGCUUCAUCUUAAUCCAGACUGCCUACUCAUUUGCAUCCAGGAUGGAGCACUGUGUGUCUGAACUUGGUCUCCAUGGGUCAAACCUUUGUUAAAGAAGAAAGCAAGUGCAACAUGCUCCAUUUUAUUACAGUUAGAUGCAAUCCUUUGGCUCAGGGAAGUGGCCAGUGCUGCCCUUGGUUGUAAAAUUUGAAGACCCUGUACUAUUAUAAAAGAAACUGUUGAAGGGUGUGCAUGUCUAGGGGUGUCUAUUGAACUAUCCUCUUAGAUUGUGAACGCUUGGUAGAAACUGUUUGUUUUGUUGAAAAGCACCUAUCAUUUAGUUGGUGCUCCUGACAUUCAACUUCCAUGCCUCGUAUGUAUUGUAAAAAUAAUCUGUUAAUAAAUCUCUGUAAUCUCUGUGAAAAGUUGAAUUGGCAAAUAGCUCCAGUUAACCAGGUCUGACUAGGAGCUGGAUUCCAGGAACCAGUGCUACCACUUGAAAGAAAGAAAAGUGGAACUGAGAAACUACACGAUAGUUUUGGUUAACUGAAGCUAAGAACCGUAAGGUCCUGACAGCUUUAACUCUUUCUGUUAAAUGAAAACCUUAGCUCAUAGCUUCUGUUAGCAAUUGUAAGUACUAGUGAAGUUUACAUAAAUGUUUUAAUUUUAAAAUCAGAUUUAUACUUAAAUUCUCUGACAGCUCUUUAUCAACAUGCAAACACAAGAGUGAUAUGCUGGGCAUGAAAUGCCAGAUGCAUUAUCUUCUGAAUCAUGGCAUAGUCUAAACAGAUGGUACUGUGUGUUUGUAGAUCCAUUUAUAUGAUUUAGUGAACACUUCCCUAGAAUCACUGUGCUAAUGCCUUCCUACUGUAAUGUCUGCUUUUACUUUAAUGCUACACUGAGAAUACCUAUCUGAAUGUGACUUUUUUGCAUAAAAUCAGAUUGGAUUGUCUAUUAAAAUAUGUAUUUAUAAAAUAAAAAUAUAUUUUUGGUGGAAGGAAAGUAAAAAUCUAGGCAUAAUUCCAUUGGGAUAUUAGCAACAUUUUUAUCAAGUUUAUUUUAUAAAUGUUUGUAUCUUGUUAGUUGUCUAACUUCAGUUUGCAGUAAGAACAUCCACUGUAGCUCACUUAGUGGAAACACAUUGCACUGCCAUGCAGAGAACCUGGGGUUGGAAGAAUUAGGAUUGUUUUUCCUUCUGGAAUUGAGGGAAACUGAGCAAAUUGCCAUGAAGAAUAUAAGCCCUGGCAGUCAAUCCACCUGACUGGCAUUGGUUUGAGCACUUAGUUUGCUUUAUUUGUUUGCAGAGACUGAAUUGUGGGCGGGGGGUGGGGGGUGAUGAGAAUAAUUCAGAAUAAAGAAAAUUAGAAUAUGAUUUUAAGGUCUCCCUAUAGGGGGUAGGAGUGUAGAUGUUAGAAGUAAUGAACACAAGGAGUCCAAAUAAUGAGUGAAUACGCUCACUCAAAACUAUUUACAGGUUAGGGAAUAUGCUUAAAUAUUUCCAUUAUUUUGGAAAAGGGGUUAAAAUGUGUAUCUUUCAUUAGCAACUAUUUUGUUUCCUGUAACAAACUGCGAAAUGUUUAAAAAAAUUAAAGGUAAAUUAUUGAUCCUAAAAA